CUCCCCCGGGACAGGACCCCGCCCGCCCUGCGGGUCGCCCUGCGGGUCGGAGGCCCCUUGGAGGCUGCGCCCGCCCGGACCGAGGGACUAGAUCCCGCUCGCUGAGACUUGGCCUUAGGAAGAGCCCUUGACGCUUCUUCUCAUGGUUUCUCCUGGUUUGAUUCAGUAACCGGACUCGAAGCUAAGGGGACAGAUUAUCUGACCCAGCAUGAGUGAAGUUCCCUGCAAGAAACGUGAUGACUAUUUGGAAUGGCCUGAGUAUUUCAUGGCAGUGGCCUUCUUAGCUGCACAGAGAAGCAAAGAUCCAAAUUCACAGGUCGGAGCCUGCAUCGUGAAUGCAGAAAACAAGAUUGUCGGCAUCGGGUAUAACGGAAUGCCAAAUGGGUGCAGCGAUGACCACUUGCCUUGGGAGAGGACGGCAGCGAGUAAGCUGGAUACCAAAUACCCUUACGAAACACCAUUCCCUGGAAGAUCCAGUGCCCCAUCUACCUACCAACGUGUGCCACGCCGAGCUGAAUGCCAUCAUGAACAAAAACUCAGCCGAUGUGAAAGGCUGUACUAUGUAUGUCGCCUUGUUCCCGUGUAAUGAAUGUGCGAAGCUCAUCAUCCAGGCAGGUAUAAAAGAAGUUAUUUUCAUGUCUGAUAAAUACCACGAUAGUGACGAGAUGACGGCUGCAAGGCUCUUGUUCGAUAUGGCUGGGGUGGCCUUCAGUCGUUUCUGGUUCCUGUUCCUCUCGGUAUGGUGCACUAUAAUUGGCUCCUAUAGAGAUAAGAUAUCAAGUGAAUCCCGGGAAAUUUUUUUCCUCCCCACGGAAAAUGAAAUUCACACCAAAGUGCAGCAAGAUUGUCAUUGACUUUGAUUCAAUUAACAACAUGCCAAGCCAGAAGCUUCAGUGAGUUACAUCUCAUUAAAUCUCCAAAAGAUUGGGAUUAUCCUCUUCUAAGAAGCUGCUAAUGCCUUUCAUCUUGCAGUUACACAUAACUUUUUAAUAGCCAGUACAGCAAAAGUAGACAUCUAAAGAAUGUAAAGCCUCAAAUCUUCCUCACUGUCUCUCUUGUCACAUGGAAUCUGCAUCUGUUUAAACUAUUGAUUUAGGGUUUAAAAUAAAGGAGUCUGUGGAUGGCCUGUUGCACAGGGCUGGAGUGGGGCGCCUCCCCCUUGGUCUCCGGGUUUGCUGGGAUGCUGGUGGCUCUGCUGCUUUAGACAGCCGCUCCUCGCUGCUACAGGUGCUGAAAGGACAAAUAAAUAAUUGUCGCUGUGUUUCUGGCAGGAUGAACAGACACACUGAUGUGAACAUCUGGCCCAAGUGAAGCAUAAUGUGUAGUGCCCUUGGAAAGAGAAAAAUAGGGCCCACAUGACAGUAGCUAAUGCAGAAGUGUUUGCUUUAGGGAGUUGAGGGGAACCCCCACCCAGCCACCCCCAAAUCCUAAACGGGAUGGCACAGGUGAACUGGGCGCAUUUUCUCUGCAUCUGCCGGCCUGCUGCCCCCCCCCCCGCCCCCAGGGGCGGUGGCACAUUGUCCUUCCAGGAGUGGGGACCCCUGUUGGUUUCGCCUCUUCCUUCUGGUUUGUGCCUCACAGGGAGCUUUUCCGUUCAUCUGAGUAAUGAGUUGUUUCCAGAGGAGACAGCCUGUGUCCCCUUGUCACCCCCAAGACCCUGCCUGCUGGGGCCGCAGGGCCGUGUGGACGGAGGGGGCACACGCACCUGCUUCUGCUCCCGUGUCGAGGAGUCGCCGCUCCUCCAUGUGCCAGCAUGGUUCACGUCCAAGGCCGCUCUGCAACCGGGGAGUAAAUUAAUUCCUCCCUUGUACGUGCAAUGUGAGGAAAUCCAGCCUGCCUCGAGGUGGUUUAUUCCAGAUCUGUCGGUAACGGGGCUCAUCUGUGCUCCUGGCGCUGUGCCUCAGCGCGGCGGAGCUCACCUGCCUCCCAGUCACUGCGACGGGGGACGCGCCUGUGCACCUCGUCGCUCAUCGCCUCUCAUUUUUAUUAAACACGCUCAGUAGCUUUGUUGAGAAGAAAAUGGGUUCUUUAUCCUAAAGAUGAUUACCGUUUUAAAGUGCUCUUAACAUUUUCAUGAAUCCUUUUUAUUUUUUUCCUCGCGGUUUUGUACUCCGUAUUCUGGGGCGUUUUGUAAUGUGGCUCCUUACCAAGAUUAUUAAAACCUUAUUAAAAUCUAC